AUGGAGAUCGAUCCACGCCUACAUGCAGAUAGCAGAGACGGCGGACGUCCGACCGAGCGCGCCGAAACCCGGCCGCCGCCCUAUCUACCACCCCCCUCGUCUAGACAUGGCAACAACCCGCUUGUCGCUUCCAGAGAUUAUCCCGAUUCGACUCCACAUCUGUCCCCUACCGACCGGCUGCAUUCCGUGCUGGCAGCACCUCGAGGCCCGGGACCUCUUUCGAGUCCCCAGGUGAUCCAACCGGGUAACCAACACCGGUCGGAUUCGACAUCGGGCAUCGACGCCUUAUCCAACCCCUCCGUCGUCGACCCCAGUGACCCAUACGCAGAGCUGAAGCGGCCCCGCGCCUGCGAAGCGUGCAGGCAGUUAAAAGUGCGAUGCGAGCCGGACAUCAGCCAUGCCAACGGCGCCUGCAAACGAUGCACGAAAGCCGGGAGAACUUGUAUCGUGACGGUUCCCAGUCGCAAACGACAGAAGAAGACGGAUAAUCGCGUCGCGGAGCUCGAGAGGAAGAUCGAUGCGCUCACCGCGAGCCUUCAGGCGUCUCACGAUCGUGAUCCCGUGCUGCAGCCAGUGCAGAUGCCUCCCCCGCGCGAGGAGCCGGCAGCGCGGCAUUGGCUGGCCCCGACUCAUGCCGCAUCCCAUGAGCCGUCGCCUUUGCCGGUGGGAUCGCCGCAGAGCAUGGUGGGGAGAAAACGGCGUCAUAGUGGGGAGGACAAAGAAGCCACGCCCGCAACCUCUCGGGUGUCUAGUCCGAGCGAAGAACAAUCCCUCUACAGCAAAGCGACCCGACAAUGGCGUGCUCUAGGUUACCCGUCGGACUCGACGGCAAAAGAGGGGGCCAACGAAGUGGCUGAUAUAAUUGACCGGGGCCUUGUGAGUGCCGAUAUAGCGGCAGAAGCAUUUGCGCGAUUCAACGAAGAGAUGGCCCUCUUAAUCCCGAUGGUGGUCUUCCCUCACGGGACGAAGAUGGAGGACGUCCGGCAGAAGAAGCCAGUGCUAUUCCAUGCAGUUAUCGCUGUUGCCGUAGGGACGAUUCAACCACGGGCUCAAAUCCCUCUCGUCAAUGAUUUCUAUAAAGUCAUCGCGGAACGGGUUGUCGUCAAAGGGGAGAAAUCUCUUGAGCUAGUCCAGGCGCUCUUGGUCUGCUGUAACUGGUACACGCCUCCCGACAACUUCGAGGAACUGAAGUUCUAUCAAUUGACGCAUAUGGCUGUCACCCUGGCUAUGGAUGUGGGUCUGUAUCGUAAAUCAAUGCCGCGAGGGAAGCAGAUGAAUCUGCUCAAAUGCAUUAUAGCGAGAAAGUCAUCUGAGGUCCUGGAUCCGGACUCUCCGGAGACGAGGCGAACCUGGUUGGCAUGCUAUUUCGUUGCAGUUCAGGUUGCCGUGUCUCUUCGACGAGUCAAUCUUGUGCGAUGGCUUCCAUACAUGGAUGAAUGCAUUGAGAUCCUAGAGAAAUCACCAGAUGCAUUACCUUCCGAUAAAACGAUGGUCCGGUGGGCCAAGCUAGCACAAAUCAUCGAAGAGAUAUACGUUCAAUUCGCGAGCGAUGACAUUCCUUCGGUUGUGUCAUUUUCGGACCCGAAGUCCAUCUACACUCUCAAGGCGCUCGAGAAGCAGUUGGAGCAGUGGAAGAGGGAAGCGUUACCGGAGCAUUCUUCUCCUAUCAUUCAACAAGCAUACUGCAUUGUCAACCUCUACCUGCACGAAAACGCCAUGCAUGUUGAUUAUAGCAAGGACGAGGCGCGGACUACCGGCGAUGAUGUUGCUGGUCCUACCAGCGCAACACAUAUCAGUGCCCUCAGCUCCUGUCUCACUGCUAUCCACGAAGCCCUCGAUACAAUCUGUGCGAUUGACACUAAAAAGCUAGUGUCCGCACCGACGGUCACUCUUGCGCGCACGUCUUUUGCCGUCGUCGCGCUAAUCAAACUCUACGCCAUGGUCUUCACGCCGGAGACCCGCCUGGAUCAAGUAAUGGAUGCGGGCAGCCUCAAGAUGGAAUACUACCUCGACAAAGUCAUUCGCCAUUAUACGGUCGCCGGAGAGCUCCCCGGCGGACGGACUGCAGCCAAGUUCGGAGUGGUGCUCUUUAUGCUCCGCAACUGGUUCAUGAAGCGCAAAGACCAGGGCCCAGUGUUGAAGGAAGCGCUCUCGGUAUGCCGCGCUUCGUCGGAUUGUCAAAGCCACCCCGACGACAAAGGCCAAAACCAUAGCAGCUCCAGCCAGACGCCCUUGCACCUUUUAAGUGAAGUAGCCAUGGGCAAUAGCUCACGAAGCCACUCCUCGCCCGAAAAUCUGUCAACGGCAGGCGAACAACGACCCAUCCCCUACCCGACAGCUCCCGGAUUCAAUAACAGCAACAGCAACAGCAACAGCAGCAAUCAUCCUACCGCCACGAACCACCCCUCCGUAACCUCCACCGACCUAACAUCACACUCCCUAGGCCCCAGCCCCGGUAGCCUAGGAGCCCCAACCAGUGCAGCCGACUCAACCACCGAACCCUGGACCCCUUACGCCGCUCCCGCUCCCGCCCCCGCCCCCGCCCCCUCCCGGGAUUACUACCCCAUCUUCAGCUCCGGCAUGUCCGACCUCCCCCCCAGCUACACCGACCCCACCAGCGGCGGUGGCGGUGGCGGGAUGAUGUUCCCGCCGCAGGGCUUCUUCGUGCCUGAACUAGGCGUCCAGAUGGGGUUUGACCCGGAGAACCUGCUUACGCUGCACAGUAUGAUCGGCGACGGGUUCUUGAAUCUUCCGUUGCCGGCUGACGAUGGGAUGGGCUUUUAUUAG